CAUACGUGCCACUCUGGGGGGUCAGAGGCCGACAUGGACGCCUGGGAAGAGGGUCUGCCCGGAAAGCCUUGCUUCUCAGCCCAACAGCUGCGCCUGUGCCGGCGGUUGAGCCCCUUCUUCCUCACCUGUGCCGUCUACUUCCUCCUCUGGAUCCCUCAAGACCAGCCGUCCUGGGUCAGCGCCCUGGUCAAGUGCCUGCCGGUGGUGUGCCUGGCGGCGUCCCUGCAGGUCGAGCGCUGGGGCAGACGCUACCGUACACUCCUGCAGGGGGCCCUUCUGUGCUCGGCUGUGGGGGAUGCCUGCCUCAUCUGGCCCGACGCCUUCCUCCAUGGCGUGGCUGCCUUCGCCAUGGCCCACCUGCUCUACCUCUGGGCCUUUGGCCUCACUCCCCUGCGGCCAGCCCUCCUGCUGCCCAUCGCGCUGGUCUGCGUGCUGUAUUCCAGCAUCCUGCUACUCCACCUCCCCACCGGCAUGGCCCUGGCCCUGGCAGCCUACUCCCUGGUCCUGGCCUCCGUGCUGUGGCGUGGCCUGGCCCGGGGCGGGAGCAUCCGCUGGGGGGUCCUGCUCUUCACAUUCUCGGACAUGGUGCUGGCCUGGGACACCUUCGCCCAGCCGCUGCCCCACGCCCGCCUGCUGGUCAUGACCACCUACUAUGCUGCCCAGUUCCUCAUCACCCUGUCAGCCUUCCAGAGCCCCAGGCUCAAGACCAACUGACCAGGGGCCCGGACGGACCCAGGCACCCCCUGCCCUCCAGCAAGGCCCCACCAGAUUGGAGGGGAAGCCCAGGCUUCUGGA